GCCUGCUCGAACAUUUUGGUCACGAAGGGCGCCUCCGCCGACGGGCGCGCCCACGUGAGCUACAACGCCGACGACGCGGCGCUCAUCGGCGCCGUGAGCCGCUGGCCCGGCCGGCGCCACCCGCCCGGGGCGACGCGCGACGUCUACAGCUGGGACAGCGGAAAGUUCCUGGGCGCGAUCCCCGAGCCCGAGACGACCCUGAACGUCGUCGGCAACGCGAACGAGGCCGGCGUCGUCAUCGGCGAGACGACGCACGGCGGGCUGGCCCUGCUGUCGAACGUGGGCAAGACGGGCGCGAACGGGACGCUGCUGGACUACGGGUCGCUGAUCUGGAUCACGCUGCAGCGCGCGCGGACCGCGCGGGAAGCCGUGGCGACGAUGGUGUCGCUCUGCGAGACCUACGGCUACGCGAGCGACCUCGAGGGUUUUAGUAUUACGGACGGCGACGAGGUCUGGUACAUGGAGCUGACGGGCCGCGGCGACUUCGACCCGCACGGCGUCCUCUACGUCGCGCUGCGCGUGCCCGACGGCGCGAUCCUCGCGCACGCGAACCAGGCGCGCAUACAGCGGUGGCUGCCCUGCGACGACGCGUCGGCCUGCCGCGCGUCGCCGGACCUCGUGGACUUCCUCGUCGCCCGGGGCCUCUACCCGGCGGACGCGGACCCGGCGCUCGCGAGCUUCUCCGACGCCGUGGAUCCGGUGACGUUCGCCGGCGCGCGGUUCUGCGAGGCGCGGGUCUGGGACGUCUUCCGCCGCGCGUCGUCGGCCUUCGACGCCGCGGGAUACCUCGAUUACGCCAGAGGCGUCGACCUGUCGGCGCGCAUGCCCCUGUGGAUCGAGCCGAGCCGGAAGCUCGGCCGCGGCGACGUCCACGCGCUCAUGAGCUCGCACUUCGAGGACACCUGGUUCGACCCGGCCGUCGACGUCGGCGCCGCCGCGGAGCACGCGCCCUACCGCUGGAACGGCCUCGAGUGGGCGCUGGGGAACGCGAGCUACGUCAACGAGCGCGUCGUCGGCACGCAGUACACGGCCUGGCACUUCGUCGCGUCCGUCGCGCCGUCGGACGCGGGCGUGCCGGCGCCGAUGCGCGCCGUGCUCUGGUUCGGCGCCGACGACCACUCCUGGAGCCCGAAGAUCCCCAUCCACGGCGGCGCGCGCGACGUGCACCGCUCCUACGACGACGGCGACUGCGCGGGGCGCAGCGCCUGCCGCCGGGCGCUCGGCCUCCCGGGGACGACGACGGAGUUCUCCUUGGACAACGCCUGGUGGCUCAGCACCAUCGUCGCCGACCAGGUGUACACGCGGUACGACCGCGCGGCGCCGACGGUCCUGGCGGCGAAGGAGGCGCUCGACGCGCGGCUCGCCGCGAGGCUCGCGGACGCCGAGGCCGCGGCGACGGCGCUCUUCGCGGCGGGCGACGCCGGCGCGGCGCUGGCCGUCCUCGACGCGCACGCCGUCGCCGCGGGCGCGCUCGCGUCCGAGACCUGGCUCGGGCUCUGGCAGACGCUCCUCGUGGCGUACGUCGACGGCCGCGUGACGACGGUCGACGAGGACGACGAGGUCUGCGGCUGCGCCAAGGAGUCCGCGGCCUUCACGGACGCCUGGAAGACCAAGGUCGUCGCCGACACGGGC